AUGCUCAUCAAAGAUCUUACUCCAUUCAUGCAGGGACUUUCUCAAGUAUGUCAAAAGCAAACAAGUGAAAGAAAGACUCUUCUGGCACCUGGGGUCAUCAACGUUACUAUCACUCAUCUCAAAGGCUUCACGUGAAAAGUUCUACCUGUUCAAGCAAACAACUGUUCAUGAUAAUUAUGAUAUAUUUGUCAUCUCUGAAUCGUGGAUCGACCCUUCCUUGACUAAUAACAACACCCAGAUUCCAGGCUAUGUAAUUUUCAGACAGGAUAGAGGCCUACAUAAAUCUGGGGUGGAAUCGUUUUUAGAUCAGAAACUCAUUUGAAGCAUCGAUCAUCGAUAAUUUGUCUACAACUAGAGACACUAAUUCCCAACAAUUUUGGCUUAAAGUCCAGUGCAGGAAAUUGAAAUCUUUUUUGCUACAUGCUGCUUACAGGCCAGACUCAGUGUCCAUGUCUAGAUUCCUGGAUGACUUCACUGCCUCCUUUAUGGACUCACUUCUUCUAGGGAUGAAAGUUUUAAUAACUGGUAUCUGAAUGCAGGCAUUUUGCCGGGCUCUUCUUGUCCUGAGGGCUGAGCUUUGAUGGAUCUCUGUAAUUCAUUAAAUCUCUUGCAGAUUGUUACAAGCCCAACAAGGACCAAUGAUACAUCUUAUGACUCUAACUGAGGUGGUGCUUACAACAAACAAGAGCUUUAUUGCUGACUACAAUGUAAAUAUCUCGGCAGUUGCCAAUCAUUGCUUGGUGGCAGUCAGAUUAAAUCUCAAAGCUCCAAAGCCUUGGCCUUCUUAUAUUUUCACCAGAAGCUACAAAAACCACAAUCCUGAGUCAUUACUGAGCAAUUUGGAGUGUCUCCCUUUUUACAUAAUUUGUUAACAUUUUCAACAAUUUUGAUGAUCAAGUUGAUGUAAUCAAUAAGUUAUUCCUCGACACGCUGAGUGAACAUGCACAAAUUAAACGCAUACAGAUCUAGUAAUGGCCGCAUCCAUUUAUCACACCUGAGAUCAAACAAUAAUUGAUGAAAACCCAUGACAGCUAGCAUAAAUAGGCCCAUAAAUCAAACGACAAACUCCACUGGAACGCUUUUCGAUUUUUUAGACCGGAAGUUAAGCGGGAGAUAAGAUUCGCCGAAAAGGAAUAUGUUUGCUCUGAACUAUUUAAGUGCAAGGGAAACACAAACUCCAUCUGGAAAAUUAUAAAUCGUUGCCUUCCCAACAGAGAGCCAUCGCUGACUGCUGUAGAAGAUCCUGUGGUCCAAGCAAACAGUUUUAAUGAUUUCUACAUCUCGGUAGGGGAAGCUGCAGCUGCUAGAGCCAGGGCUCUAUGCGAACAGUAUGGCUUCUCAGAAGAGUCAGUCAGGCAAGUGGAGCCAAUCACAGACGAUCUCCACAAUGUGAAUAAAUUUGAGUUUCACGCUGUGACAGAACAGGACAUUGAAAAGAUUGCCAAGCAUGAUUCCAUCGAACAAAGUGCCAUGGUAUGAUAGAGUAUCUGCUAGAGUGCUUAAAGACAGUCAUUACUAAUCUAAUUAAUCCUUUGUUCACAUUGAAUUGCUUUGCACAGGCAUCAAAGUCUGCAGAGGUCACCCCAAACCUCAAGUCCAGCGAUUCUGAUGAGCCCAAAAACACUUGCCCUAUACCCCCCCCCCCCUCCCCCUGUAUUGCCCUACAUCAAAGGUAUACGAGAGGGCUGCUCACAUGCAGUGUAUUAGUCUUACUAGAUAAAAAUAGAAAGAUAUCCAGCUUAUAGCGUGGAAAUAGAAAGUUACAUUCCACUGAAACCCCCCUUUGCUCUACAUGGACCAGCUCCUUAAGAAUGAGGACAAAAAGCGUAUAUCACUUGUUGUGCUGCUCGACACAUCUAAAGCUUUCGACAGCAUCCAGCAUGACAACUUAUUAUCAAAGCUGCACUCACUGGCUGUGUGGGACUCUACUUUAGCCUGGUUUAAGAGUUACCUAUCAUCAUGCAAGCAAGUUGUCAGGAUUGGCAGUGUCCCAUCUGAGCCCCUCCCACUAACAGUGAGUGUGGGCCAGGGAUCCAUUCUCGGUCCAGUUUUGCUCAUGUUGUCUGUCGACCUCCUUCUCUCAGUACUUAAGAAAUGUUGUCGAAAUGUCAGUCACUGUCAACAACAACAGUCCUGCUGAGGACUAUGUUCACCCAGAUGAUCAUACUCAGCCUACUGAUGAAAUGACUCCUGGGUUCAAACCUUUCACUGUUUAA